AUGUUCUUCGGCAGCGGUGGCUUCCCAUUCGGUGGAGGUUUUGAUCAAGAGGAUUUCAUGGGUGCUCAUGGACGUGGUGGUGCCAAAGAAAAGAAGGAAAUAGAUAACAAUAAAUACUAUAACUUACUGAACUGCAAAAAAGACGCUACUCAAGAUGAAGUAAAGAAAAAUUUCAGGAAAAUUGCUCUUAAGGAGCAUCCAGAUAAGGGAGGUGAUCCAGAGAAAUUCAAGGAUAUCGCUGUAGCAUAUGAAGUGCUUUCAGAUCCAAAAAAGAGAGAUUUGUAUGACAAGUACGGCGAAGAAGGCUUACGUGAUGGCCCAUAGGCUUCAGGUUUUGGAGAUAUCUUUGACUUAUUCGGCAUGGGAGGAGGUGCUAGAAGAGAAUAGAAAAGAUAAGUUGAGCCCAUUGGCUAAGUAGUCGAGGUUACUCUUGAAGAUAUUUAUAAUGGAAAGGAAUUAGAGAUUAAAGUUGAAAGAAGCAGGACUUGCGCUAAGUGCAAUGGAGUAGGUGGUUCAGACGCUACAGCUGUUAAAACUUGUUCUGGUUGCAAAGGUAGAGGAGCAAGGACAGUGAUGAUGCAACUCGGACCUGGAAUGUACUCACAACGAACAGGACCAUGCGAUGAAUGUGAAGGCAAGGGAAGUACAAUGGACCCAACUAAGAUCUGCAAAACUUGCAGUGGUAAGAAAAUUAAAAAGGAACAGAAAGUACUGAAGGUCGAAAUUGAUAAGGGAUCACCAAAUGGAGAGAAAUACGUAAUUCAUGGCGAAGGUCACGAAGUUCCAGACAUCGAGGCAGGUGACGUUAUUGUUCAAAUAAAGGAAAAGAAGCACAAGACUUUCCAGAGAAAGGGAGCAGACUUGUUUAUGGAGAAAGAAAUUACUUUGAUUGAGUCACUGACUGGAUUAGACUUUAUCCUAGUCCAUCUUGAUGGCAGAAAGAUCCGCAUUCAUAAUAAACCAGGUGAAGUCAUUAAGCCAGACUCACUCUUCACUGUUGAAAAUGCAGGUAUGCCUUUCCACAAGAAGGUCUAUCAAUUCGGUAACUUGAUCAUUCAGUUCAAGAUCAAGUUCCCCAGCACCGUUGAUGCCAAGACUAUGUAACUACUUUCUGAAGCUCUCGGUACUGAAUCAGGAGCAGUCAAAGGAGGUAAGAAAACUGGCAAAAAGGAAGAGACUAAGGAUGAAAGUGUAGCUGAGACUUGCGUGUUAUAACAAUUUGUCGAAGGUCAUAGAAAUACACAUCAUCAAGGUGGCACACAAGGUAAUGACUCAGAAGAAGAGGAAGAAGAUGGACACGGCCACGGUGGUCAAAGAGUUGGAUGCCAAGCUCAAUGA